AUGGACACUCUGCCUAAGAUAAAAACACUGAAGUGCUGUACAAGACUGCUGCGCACCAUCGCCCAGAGACUGACCACGAAACACAAAGUCGAUCUGUUCUACAAGGUUCGCCACGUGAUGAUGGAGCUGAUCGACCUGAGACGGCAGCUCCUGUCCGGUCACCUGACGCAGGACCAGAGCAGAGACGUCAAGAGACACAUCACCGUCAGACUGGACUGGGGCAACGAACACCUGGGUCUGGACUUGGUGCCAAGAAAGGAGUUUGAGAUGGUGGAUGAAGACCAGAUAAGCGUGUCAGAUCUCUAUAAGAUGCAUCUGUCCAGCAGACACAGCGUCCAGCAGAGCACCACACAGGGCGACAGUACGCGGCAGCGACACGGGGAGCCGUGCAGAGUUCCAGUGCCGCACCACCUGCUGGUCAACCUGAAGAGCUUCACCUACAACAGCAUCGGAGAGGACACGGACAUAUUCUUCUCUCUGUACGACCUGCGGGAGGGCAAGACCAUCAGUGAGAAGUUUAUGGUCAGACUGAACAAGAACGGCGGACCGAAGAAUCCAGAGAAAGUGGACAGACUGUGUGCCCUCUUCACGGACCUGAGCAACAAGGACAUGAAGAGAGAUCUCUACAUCAUCUCGCAGGUCAUCCGAACAGGUCGUAUGCUGUUGAACGACAGUAAGAAGGGUCCUCCGCAUGUUCAGUACCGCCGGCCGUACGGCUGUGCGGUCCUGGCCAUGAGCGACGUGCUGCAGACCAUCUCCGAGCUCAAAGAGGAGAAAGACUUCGUCCUGAAGGUCUACACGUGUAACAAUGAGAAUGAAUGGUACCAGAUCCACGAGAACAUCAUCCGCAAGUCCAGCACCAAAUACACCGCUCCCAGCACCAACUACGGGCUCAUCAUCUCUCUGCAGCUGCUGCGGGGCGACAUGGAGCAGGUCCGCAGGGAGAACCCGCUCAUCUUCAGCAGGGGGGUGGCUAUGACGCGCAAACUGGGCUUCCCUGACGUCAUCAUGCCAGGGGACAUCCGUAACGACCUGUACCUGACGCUGGAGCGAGGGGACUUUGAGAGAGGAGGGAAGAGCGUUCAGAAGAACAUCGAAGUCACCGUCUAUGUGCUCUACGCUGACGGAGAGAUCCUCAAGGACUGCAUCAGUCUGGGUUCAGGGGAGCCCAACAUGCCGGAGCAUCGCUCCUUCGUGCUCUACCACAACAACAGCCCCCGAUGGAGCGAGGUCAUCAAACUGCCCAUCCCCAUCGACCGCUUCAGAGGCUCCCACCUGCGCUUCGAGUUCAGACACUGCUCCACAAAAGACAAAGGAGAGAAGAAGCUGUUUGGUUUUGCCUUCACUCCUCUGAUGAGGGAGGACGGGACCACGCUCUCAGACGAGAGCCACGAACUCUACGUUUACAAGUGUGAUGAGAACACCACCUUCAGUAACCACGCUCUGUACCUGGGUCUGCCCUGCUGUAAAGAAGACUUCAACAGCUGUCCCAGCAUCCCCUCCAGCCUCAUCUUCCAGCGCAGCGCUAAGGAGACGUUCUGGAUCUCCACACAGCUCUCCUCCACCAAACUCACUCAGAACGUGGACCUCCUGGCCCUGCUGAAGUGGAAGGCCCACCCCGACCGAGUCAUGGACAUCCUCGGGCGGCUACGACACGUCAGUGGAGAGGAGAUCGUCAAGUUUCUGCAAGACAUUCUGGACACAUUAUUCUCCAUCCUGGACGACAACACGGACAAAUAUGGACCACUGGUGUUCCAGUCAUUGGUGUUCAUCAUAAACCUUCUCAGGGACAGUAAAUAUUACCACUUCAGGCCGGUGAUGGACACCUACAUCCAGAAGCACUUUGCUGGCGCGUUGGCCUAUAAGGAGCUGAUCCGCUGUCUGAAGUGGUACAUGGACCGCUCUGCAGAGGUGGUCAGACAGGACCACAUACAGGAGGCCAUGAGGGCUCUGGAGUAUCUGUUUAAGUUCAUCGUCCAGUCUCGGAUCCUGUACUCUCGGGCCACUUGUGGAAUGGAGGAGGAGCAGUUUCGCACCAGCAUCCAGGAACUGUUUCAGUCCAUCCGCUUCGUCCUGAGCCUGGACAGCCGCAACUCAGAGACACUCAUCUUCACACAGGCCGCCCUGUUGAACUCGUUCCCGGCCAUCUUCGACGAGCUGCUGCAGAUGUUCACGGUGCAGGAGGUGGCCGAGUUUGUGCGCGGCACUCUGGGCAGCAUGCCGUCCACGGUGCACAUCGGACAGUCCAUGGACGUGGUCAAACUGCAGUCCAUAGCGCGGACAGUGGACAGCAGGCUCUUCUCUUUCCCAGAGUCUCGAAGGAUCUUACUUCCUGUUGUCCUCCAUCACAUCCACCUCCACCUGAGGCAGCAGAAAGAGCUGCUCAUCUGCUCUGGAAUACUAUCCUACAGAAAUGUUACAAACAAAAGCAGCUCACUGGACACGUCGGUGCAGGAGGAGGUGGAGAUGAUGGUGGAGUCCCUGUUGGACGUCCUCCUGCAGACGCUGCUGUCAAUCAUGAGCAAGAGCCAAUCGCAGGAGGCGGUAAGGGGUCAACGCUGUCCGCAGUGCACCGCGGAGAUCACUGGAGAGUACGUGUCGUGUCUCCUGUCCCUCCUCCGCCAGAUGACAGACAUCCACUUCCAGCACCUGAUGGAAAACUUUCAGAGCAAGGAGGAGCUAAAGGAGUUCUUGUUGAAGAUUUUGUGUGUGUUUCGAAACCUGAUGAAGCUCAGUAUUUUCCCUCGCGACUGGAACAUCAUGAGGCUCCUCACCAGCAACAUCAUCCUGACCACGGCUCAGUACCUGUCUCCUGCUCUGCACAAGAACUUCACAGAAGCCGAAUUUGACUUUAAGGUGUGGAACUCCUACUUCAGUCUGGCGGUGCUGUACAUCAACCAGCCCAGUUUACAGUUGGAAAACCUGAGUCCUGCUAAGAGGAAGAAGGUGUUAGACAAGUACGGAGACAUGAGAGUGAUGAUGACCUACGAGCUGUUCAGUAUGUGGCAGAACCUCGGUGAGAAUAAGAUCCACUUCAUCCCCGGUAUGAUCGGUCCGUUCCUCGGAGUGACGCUGGUUCCUCAGGUGGAGGUACGAAACAUCAUGAUCCCCAUCUUCCACGACAUGAUGGACUGGGAGCAGCGCAAGAACGGAAACUUCAAACAGGUGGAGGCUGAGUUGAUUGAUAAGUUGGACAGUUUGGUGUGAGGGAAAGGGGACGAGAACUACAGAGAACUCUUCGGUUUGCUAACCCAGCUGUUUGGGCCGUACCCCAGUCGUUUGUUGGAGAAGAUCGAGCAGGAGACGUGGAGAGAGACGGGGAUCUCCUUCGUUACCUCCGUCACACGACUGAUGGAGCGACUGCUGGACUACAGGGACUGCAUGAAGGGAGACGAGACGGAGAACAAGAAGAUUGGCUGCACUGUAAACCUCCUGAAUUUCUACAAGUCGGAGAUCAACAAGGAGGAGAUGUACAUCCGCUACAUCCACAAACUGUGUGACAUGCAUCUGCAGGCGGAGAACUACACCGAGGCGGCGUUCACUCUGCUGCUGUACUGGGAGCUGCUGCACUGGGACGAGCGGCCUCUCAAAGAGUUCCUGCAUUAUCCCGCUCAGACAGAGUGGCAUCGCAAGGAGGGGCUCUGCCGCAAAGUUAUUCACUACUUCAACAAGGGGAAGUGCUGGGAGUACGGGAUCCCUCUGUGCCGGGAGCUGGCCUUCCAGUAUGAGUCACUGUACGACUACCAGAGUCUCAGCUGGAUUCGGAAAAUGGAAGCAGCGUAUUACGACAACAUAAUGGAGCAGCAGCGUUUGGAGCCGGAGUUCUUCAGGGUCGGAUUCUACGGCAGGAAGUUCCCCUUCUUCCUCAGAAACAAAGAGUUCGUGUGCCGCGGUCAUGACUAUGAAAGGCUAGAGGCCUUCCAGCAAAGGAUGCUGGGAGAAUUCCCACAAGCCAUUGCGAUGCAGCACCCCAAUCAGCCUGAUGAGGCCAUUCUGCAGUGUGACGCACAGUACCUGCAGAUCUACGCUGUAACGCCGGUACCGGACAGCGUCAGCGUGCUCCAGAUGGACAGAGUCCCCGACCGCAUCAAGAGCUUCUACCGCGUCAACAACGUGCGGCGAUUUCGAUAUGACCGCCCGUUCCACAAAGGACCGAAAGACAGAGAUAAUGAGUUCAAGAGUCUUUGGAUCGAGAGGACGACCCUGAUCCUCACUCACCCUCUGCCUGGGAUCUCCCGCUGGUUCGAGGUGGAGAAAAGAGAGCUGGUGGAGGUGAGUCCGUUGGAAAACGCCCUCUCUGUGGUGGAGAAUAAGAACCAGGAGCUGCGGACGCUGAUCAGCCAGUACCAACACAAGCAGCUGCACGGCAACAUCAACCUGCUCAGCAUGACGCUGAACGGAGUCAUCGACGCCGCCGUUAACGGAGGCAUCGCCCGAUACCAAGAGGCUUUCUUUGAUAAGGAGUACAUCACCAGCCACCCUGAGGACACGGAGAAGAUCACGCAGCUCAAAGACCUGAUGCAGGAGCAGGUUCACAUCCUGGGAGUCGGUCUGGCCGUGCACGAGAAGCUGGUGCACCCAGAAAUGCGUCCCCUGCACAAGAAGCUGAUAGAUCAGUUCCAGAUGAUGAGGAGCAGCCUCUGCCACGGCCUGCCGGGUUUAGACAAAGCCGGAUCAGGAGCCAGCAGAGGGAUCCUGGCCUCGCACGGCCCCAUGAGCCCCGAGAGCUUCAAACUCAUGCACAGACACAGUGAGGCAGGAAACGUGGGCAGCCUGCUGAUCCUCACUGAUGGGAUGGUGGUGGAGCACGCCGAGGACUUCUACCGCAUGCAGGCAAGCCCCUCCUCCUCUAGUCUUAGCUCCACCCACUCAGCGCCCUCUCAGAUGAUAAACUCCGCCCCCUCCACCAUCAGAGUCGGCUCUCCUUCUCUGCCGGACAAAUACAGACACAACAGAGAGAUGCUGAUGCUGCUGCCGCCGCACAGAGAGAGGCCGAGCAGCGCCAUGUACACCAACAUCACCGAGAACGGGCAGCCAACGAACCUCCAGCGAGCGUUGUUCCAUCAGGUGAUUGGUCCGUGUAAACCCUGCAGCGACCCCAACCUCUCUGUGGCCGAGAAAGGCACGAAGCCGUGA